AUGGCGGCAGAAGUGGAAAAGAAGAAGAGCAUAGUCUUCUUUCACCCCGAUCUGGGUAUCGGCGGCGCUGAAAGAUUGGUUAUCGAUGCAGCUGUAGGACUUCAGAACCGCGGGCACAAAGUCGUUAUCUUUACCAGCCACUGCGAUCCCAAGCACUGCUUUGAUGAAGCUCGAGAUGGUAUGGAGAAUUGGCUGUGUAAAGUCAGCAAAUUGAAGCCGGAUGCCUUCUUCGUCGACCAGUUGAGUGCCGGCGUGCCUUGGCUGGCAUACCUGUACCCUGAAACGCGCAUACUAUUCUACUGCCAUUUUCCGGAUCUUCUGCUGGCGCAAGGUCGAUCAGCAUGGUGGAAACGGCUGUACAGAAUACCCUUUGAUUUUAUCGAACAAUGGAGUAUGAGUUUCGCCGACUCGGUAGCUGUCAAUUCCGGGUUCACGAAAGGCAUUGUCGGGAGAGUGUGGCCGGAUCUGGUGGCGGAGAAGGACUUGCAAAUUGUGUAUCCUUGUGUGGAUAUUAAGGAGAAGAAGAAUGAGAUUAUAGAUGGGCCUGUUGCGGCUUGGCAGGACAAACGUAUUCUGUUGAGCAUAAAUCGGUUUGAGCGGAAGAAGGAUAUUGGCCUUGCGAUCAAAGCAUACGCCGGUUUGGGCAAGAAAGGUCGAGAAGGGGUUAUGUUGCUUCUUGCAGGUGGUUAUGACAAUCGUGUGUCAGAAAAUGUUGUCUAUCACAAGGACCUAGUCCAACUAGCCGAAUCCCUAGGUCUCAAGACCGCAACCACGAAGACCGUCGUUACAGCACUAAAUGUCCCCGAAGAUGUUGACAUUUUGUUCCUCUUAUCUGUGCCUAACACGCUGAAGGAUAUACUUCUCAAGUCGGCUCGCCUCCUUGUAUACACCCCCUCGAACGAGCACUUUGGAAUUGUUCCACUGGAAGCAAUGCUGGCUGGGGUACCCGUCUUAGCUGCAAACACUGGAGGACCACUCGAAACAGUCGUGCAAGGCAAGACCGGGUGGCUCUGCUCGCCGGAGGAUACUGAAGGCUGGACCGCAGUAAUGGACAAUGUCUUGCACAAACUUUCCGACAAGGAUAUCAGGGAAAUGGGCACUGCCGGAAUCCAGCGAGUCAAGGAUGAGUUUUCGAACGUGAAGAUGGCCGGGAGGCUCGACCAGAUUAUCGCAGCUAUGGCUGAUGCUCCACGAAGGGGUUGCAUACAGCUGUCGAUGUUCGUUUAUACGAUUCUCAUAAUAGUCUACGAUGCCGGAUUUACCAUCUACAUGUCGAAAAUGACCGAUUUGUCUUCGGAAAAAUUGGUAGAGAAGCGAUGGUUGCCUCCUUUCGCGUAUAGCAUCCUAGCGAUAGCGUGUUGGGCGGGAUAUCUGGGAUUUGAGUUGGUAAGGAGACAGAAGCGUCGAGUUGCUGCUCAGAGCAAGAAGGACCAAUGA